UUUUUUUUUCUCUUUGCUGUGUCAUCAAACCACAUCAACCUCACCCUACGAUACACAACUACUCUAAGCCUCUUGAUUCUGAAGCACUGCCCCCCAACCGCAGCAGAACACCCACGCACCGUUAACUCCCCCGGUAAGCAUAAGCCCAGCUAUCCCGUCAAGUUCCUGCGUCAUCACAACAACACGGCCACGAGAAGAGCGCUUCUCAAAAACGGCGACGUCGAAAAGGUCAGCAACGGACAUCAGCAAGCACAGCAGAUCUCCCUCAGUCGCUUAACACCAUGGCUUCUCCGGGUAAGGCCGCGGCUCCUUGGGCCGUAAAGCUCGUCCACGACGGGAAAGAGCAAGGGGUUCCCGCCGAGAAAAUUCGCCAGAAGCUGGUGCUCGAGGGCUUGGAGCCCGACCUCAUCGACGGUGUGGUUGAAGCUGGCUCCUUGUCGGCGAAGCUGCACACAAUUGAACCGAGCUCACCGUGCACCUCGCCUCAGCGCCGACAGCUGUCCGCAAGGAAAUUCCAUGACAUGCUCUCGGUUGGUCUACCUCCUGCGGUUGUGCGGCAGAAGAUGGCAAUGGACGGAUGCCAGCCAGAGGACAUCAAUAACUUCUUCGCGUCGGCUGGAGGUGUGGCGACGGGGGAGGCGGAGGAGGAGAUGGAUGAGGAGGCCAAGAUCGCAGAGCCGCAAGCCGCUUGAUCAGGUCGCUGAUUCGAUUCUGAGCGACCAGCGAUCGGUUCUUGACCGAUCGGUUAUCCUUUUUUUGGUUUCGAGGUGGCAUUACAGCAGGGCCUGCCGACCUAAAAUAUUUGUGGGAGUACCGAUGGUGUGAAUGGUUCGUCAUUGUUUGGUGUCGAGGUAGUGUAAGGAGCUGCCACCAAUAACAUGUGGGGAUAUGGGAACAUUGAUCUUGAUGUGUUUGACGACGAUGUGGAUGAAUAAGGCCCGCGACGGGGUGUUCUUCCAUCCAUCCGAUCGGUUGCGAGAUAUGGGGGGACAACGUUUCGAUUUUUGUUGCUGCAGGUACAUGUCUUCCCUUGCAGAACAGGAGCUCCUCCACCAUGCUUGGCCUUUUUUGUUUCUUGUUGAUUCAAUUGGCUGUAUCGAGGCUGGCUUGCUGCAGCAGCCGCCACCGCCGCCGCCGCCGCCGCCGCUGGAGGCUUCCGUUGUACGCAAAGUUCACCAGCGAAAACGCUUGAUCCACCGAAGUUUUAGGACUUUUGUCGCCCCGGUAUAAGUAAGUCGUUGAUUGGGUCGGCAUUUUUUCUUUUUGGUCAUGGUUAUCAACACCUCUGCCUGGUUUGUAAGCAGCUGGCUUGUAAGUGCGCAAGGCGCGGCACGCUCUAACUAUACCGUAGUAGGGUUAGUGUUGACUCAUCUGGUGUUUUUUGGCGGUUGCUUUGGUGCCAUGAGUUUGUUUUCUUGACUUUUUUUGCAGGCAAGACCCACUGGGGUGGGCGCCAUGUAUGUCUGUUGCUCUCUCACUGUGCAUAUCUACGCGGGAGAUGCACGCAUCGAUUCCUAACUUAUUGUUGAGAUUGAGAUAUGUACCUAGUAACGUAAUACAGCAUUUUUGUUGGUGUAUGUUAUCAGUCAAGCGUAUUGACACCUUCUGGUUUUCGUAUGUUUACGGGGGGGGCGAGAGGGUAAAGUCGUGAAAUGCGCGGUAGGAUUUCGGGUGCCAGAUGUAAAUGUGUUAAGCGACCUGGCGUAUUUGUUGUUGACUACGCCUUGUCUAGCUAGUUGGUGUAAGGGUGGGUUACUGUUUUACAACCGUGGCAGGAUAAUUUAGGGACAACAGGGGCAGGUGUUCAUUGUUGUUCAUGUGUCCGUGCCUGUUUCCUUCUGUAGUAUUGCUUCCUUGAGUACUUUUCACCCAACGUUUAUGCCUAAGAAUGAUUGGAAUGAUGAUGGUGGCUCUCAAGGCAUGACUUGCGCCGCUAAUAUUGCGGCCGGACUCAAAGAGAAAGAACAUCUUGCGCUGAUAAGCUUGUGCCUCUGCAUAUGAUAUCCCCUUAAUUGUUUUGCCUUUCUCUUCGGGUGCUCGCAACCACGUUUGUUUCACGGCGAUGUGGAUUACCCGUCGUGAGAGUACUCCGUUCUAGGCUUGUUUCUGCUCAUCGUGUGGGGUAAGAAAGACAGAUCUUCGUUGUUCCGUUUGGGCGU